UCAGCUUUAAAGACGAAGGCUUCUCUAGGCGCAUUAAAAAAUGAAAAUUUUGCUAAUGUUUGCCAUUUUGGCAACAUCAUUGACAGCCAUCAGGGCUCAGUGCGAGAGGCUCUCGGAUAUACAAAAUUGCUGUCAAGCGCUGCAAGAAAUCACGGUAGUGCUGGAGAAACAAGAUAAGCAACUGCAAUUGGUCUGGGAUGAUCAAUCGGAUUGGUACCCAGAAAUACAGGCACUUAACGAAUCGAUCGAGAAUCUGCAGGAGCAACUUUGUCAACAGAUAUUAGAAUAUGAUCAAACUGAAAUUCAAUGGACGCUUCAGAGCGAACUGUCGGACCUUCAGGACAGAGUAGAGAACUUACAGUCGCUGCUUUCCAAUGGCCUUCAAGAAAAAUAUUACCAACAGUGCUUUAAUAAACCAUGGCGGCCGAUUAUAAUAGUAGACUGCGUGAAACCAGAUGUACCCCCACCGAUCCCAGAUUAUGUAACAGGACCCGGCUGGCUUGUCAUCCAGAACCGAUUCGACGGUUCGGAAAAUUUUUAUAGGAGUUGGGCUGAAAAUCGAGAUGGCUUUGGGAAUCGGAACGGAGAGUUCUUCCUCGGACUGGAGGUUAUUCAUCGUCUAACCAACUACCAGCGACACGAGCUGUUAGUCUUGGUGCAGACAGAUGUUGACUACGAGAUUUACUGGGCUCGAUACGAUAACUUCGUUAUAGGCUCCGAGUCUGAAAAGUACAAUCUUAAAAGUCUUGGCAAAUUUGAGGGUGUCGUAGAUUAACUGUUCCCUCAUUUGGGAAAUGAUUUUUCGACUUAUGACCGAGAAAAUAGCCC